GGACGGAUUGGUAGUUUUUUUUAAUAUUUAAAAGUUGAAAAUAAUAAAUAAUCAUUUUCAUUUCAAAUGAUUUGAAAAUCAAAACAAAAUGUCCAACAUUACAUGGAAAAAGAUUGAAAAUGAGGGAGGUUACCCGUGUUACGUUGACGAGACCAGUGGAAGUCAGCAGUAUGAUCAUCCCGAAUUCCAGAAAAUAAUGGAGGCUCUUAAAGAAUAUGACGAUAUUAAGUACAGUGCAUACAAAAUUGCAUUUAAAAUAUUUUCUUUGCAAAAGCAUUUAUUAGUACCUCCACUGCGCAUAAGCUCUGGAGUAUUUGCACGACAUCAACUCAGCCUUUCGGAAAGCAGCCUGUCUUUGGACACAGCUGAGUUGGAAGCAGUUUUAGCAGACAUAUAUUUUGCAGCGGAGAAGGAGGGCCUCUUCAGUGGCGAUGUGGACUUAGUUGUUGACUUGUUGAUCAAUUUGUUGCUUAAUGUUUACGAUAGAGAUAGAAAGGAGCCAGUUAGAGUGCUAUCAGCAAAGACACUACUGAUUAUACUCAGUACAGAGUCAGCUACAGAGAAAUGGGCGGCGCUUGCUAAUUGUUGCGCCGAUCACAAUGGAUGUGUGUCGCCACGACGGCUGGCAGCACUCCUGGCUCAUAUGACAGCGUUGCCAGAGUAUCUUGGCGUACCUUGUGACCAGGUGCAGGCUGAUGUUGAUGCUUGCUUUGACAAGAGCGCCGGUAUGCUUGGCGUGAGUACACGCACAGUGGCUGAAUGGGGCGUAGCGAAUUGUACAAGCGCGCGAUGGCUACCGGCCGUACAACGGGUUGUCUGCAGCAGAAACAGCGCUAAUGUUACCGCUGCGUGCGCUGCGUGCUUGCAACCACUUAUACAGGUGCUUAAAUUUAAAUGCUACAAGUGCAAUGAAGUGUAUUUCUGCGAGAAGUGUUACUUGUACGAUAAGGACUUGUCCACUGUAAGUGGACAUAAGAAAACUCAUUUGGUGCAUGAAAUAGUUGAUGGAGAGACAAAACCACCAGAGUGUCUUAGUUUUAUUAAAGGCAUGAAGCGAUUCUUCUUUUGCACAAGGACUAGGAAAAAAAAGAUUUCAAAGAAGAAUCCUAAAAAGCUGGAUAAAGCUGAUAGUACGGUACGAAUAAAGCGUGACGGUAAACCUACUAUAUUUACGUCCACUGUUGGCAAGGCAUCAGGGAAUGGUGCAAACAAUCCCACUUGUAUGUUGCAGGAUAUUAUAACUCAGCUGGAAACUCAGAACAAGGCGCUAGAAGACCUUUCCUCACAAUUACAAUCAAUGUCAAAGGACACACCGGACAGCAGUCUAAAAGAUAAAGUGGAAGCACACUGGCAUCAAAUAUCCAUGCAAAUUAACAGGCUGAAGAUAUUAAAGGAAAAUCUAUCAUCAAACAUAGAAAACAUCCCACCAGAAGCUAAAAAACCAGAUAAAAUCGAGCGUCCUCAAGCUUUUGAUCUAUUCAGUCCAAUACCAGUAGAAGAGAAGCAGUCGAAACUGGUGGACUUGAAGAACCAGCCCCGGGUCCUGAGCAUGGACUCCGGAAACUUCUCUGUGGUCUCCAAACAAGCGGAUAGUAACAAUUUGAUGACGAUGUCCGGAGAUGCUCUAAAGCCAGUAGUCGUUCAUGCCACAUCAGAUAGUAUAUCCACUGUGUCUAUGAAUGAUAUUAGCAAUUGGUAUAAUGAAACUGAACCCGCCACAGACAAACGCAGCCAGCAAUCUGUGAAGCCAGUGGAUACAAACCAGUCGCUGUCCGCUACGGAACAGAAGUACGCGGCGGACAUACGCAGCAUGGCGUCCAGUAACGACAAGAUGAAGGAACUCAACGCAGACCUAGACACGGUUCUGGACCGCUUGCAGCAAAUACUCACCAAUAACUUCGCUGUAGACGAUUCAUGUUUUGAUAAUACGCAAUUGCGCGAGACGGCCAACGAGAUGGAAGGUCUUCUGGGUACUCUAAUACGGGGAGUGGAACAGAGGGCCACGCUCAACGCAACCAAGGGACUAGUAUGAAUGUGUAAGUUUGUGUCACAGAGUAUAUUAGUAUAUAGACAGUCUGUGGUAUACUGCCAUUAUAAUAAAGAAAAGGUAUAUUGUGGAGUACAGAUUAUAAUGUUUAUAUUUCCAAUUUGUACAAACUCCAAGUUAUAUAAUAAUGAACUGGUUUCUAGUAUA